AUGUUCGAUGACAAUAUUCGAACAUUUCGUAUUCUUUGGCUUGAUUCUCAAGUAAAUACUAAUGAAAAUAAUCAAGCUGCUCAACAACAAUUACGUAAGUUGGACAAAAAUCUUUUAACAUUUGACAAUCAAGAAGAAUGUCAUAAAUAUGUUGUGUCAAUGUUAUCGGACGAUCGAAUUGUUUUUGUUGUCAGUGGCCAAUUGGGACAGAAAAUAGUACCACAAAUUCAUCAACUUCCGCAAAUUAGAUCAAUCUAUAUCUAUUGUCAGAAUAUGGCAUUUCACGAGCAAUGGGCAAGACCAUAUAACAAGACUGUUGCCGAUAAAUUCGCUGAGAUCAUGACACGAAUUCAAUCCGAUAAACGGACUAUCACAUCUCUAGAAGCAACAUCUUUGAAAAAUGCUAAUUAUUGCACCGUAAUAGAUGAUCCCUUUGACAAUCCCAUUGGAUUUCUUGAAUGCUUCAUUCGCAUAGAAUCUAAUCAAACAGAUAUAUUUGAAUGCAUCUCAUUUUGUCAGAAUAAAUACAAACAUGAUCAGCAUGAACUUAAAUUAAUUCAUGAGUUUCAGCAAAGUUACGCAUCUGAACAAGCGAUAUGGUGGUAUACAAGACAAUCUUUCGUAUACAAGAUAUUGAGCAAGAUUCUUCGAGAAGAAAAUAUUCGUUUGAUCUAUUUUUUUCGUUUCAUAAUUGGUGAUAUUUAUCGACAAUUGAAACGAUGUCAAUGCCAAUCGCCUAUAAGAGUUUUUCGAGGACAAUCGUUACCCGACAAAGAUGUCAUUUAUUUCAAAACAUCAAUAGGCAAAAUUAUUACCGUUAAGUCCUUUUUUACGACAUGUUUAAGUCGAAAUCGAGCUCGAUCUGGUUUGAAACCCUCAACAAGUGAGUUGAAACCAGUUUUAUUUGAGAUUAAUGCUACUCCGGAAUCAACCAAUUGUAAACCGUUUGGUGAUAUUAGUUUGUGUAGCGCAUUUCCUCAAGAAGGAGAAGUUCUAUUCAUGGCUGCAUCCAACUUUCGCAUUGAUGAUGUUCAUUAUGGUGAGGAUCACAUGUGGAUCAUUCAAAUGACAUUAAUAACUACAGAAUCUCAUAAUUGGAAAGAGUUUCUACAACGAAUCGAUAUCAUGGAAAAGUGUGUUGGAGGACUUAAUCCUGUAUUAUUUGCUACAAUGAUGCGUCACAUGGGUUAUGUCGAUCGAGCGAAAAACUAUUGUGAUCGUCUACUUAAACAAUUGCCUUUAGAAGAUCCAUUAGUUGCUACUGUCUGCUUUGAACUCGCCGAAAUAGCCUCGAGUGAAGGUGAUCCGGAUGCUAAUAAACGAUGGUAUAAAAAGGCGCUCGAAUUCACAAAGAAAUAUAGUCUUGUUAACAGCUCCAAUCAUGAACCAACUCCGAAAUACGGUACGAUUCAUUUGAAAUACUUCAUAAUUUUCUAA